AUGUCCGCCUCUCUUCCACCCUUACCGGAAGAAUUAAAAUUUCUGAAUCCUUACCUCCAACGAGCAACCGAGCUCGACAAACGGGAACCUGUUAUCGCUUAUUAUUGUAGGUAUUAUGCCGCUCAACGUGCAAUUGCCAACGGAACAAAAACUCCCGAAUCGAACGCUUUUCUGAAUAAACUGCUCGAUCUACUUGAAGCAGAAAAGAAAUCCCUUGCCGGAAAUGAAGCCCUGACUAACGAUAUUGCUGGAAGUGCUUAUGUCGAGAAUUUUGCUCUCAAGAUAUUCAUUAAUGCAGAUAACGAAGAUCGUCUUGGGAAAGCGUCUAGGAAGACUGCCAAGACUUUUUUGGCUGCUGCUAUAUUUCUAGAAAUUUUAGAGACAUUUGGCAACGUUGAACCAGAGACGAAAGAAAAGAUCAAAUAUGCAAAGUGGAAAGCGGGUGAUAUCGCCAAAGCCAUACGUGAUGGUAGAGUGCCGACACCAGGUCCACCGAGUGGUGAGAAACCAGCAUUUGCCGAUCUAGGCGAUGGGUUGAAUGCUUCUUCCGACAUUGCUGCCCAGCCAGCUUCGUAUGCAACGCAGGAUGCCGACAAAUUCUCCUCCGCUCCUCUGACUGGAACAACAGCUUCGUUGGGUGCAGCAGAUAGUGCAGCUCAACCACAAACCUGGGCUUCCUUUCCCACGCCGCCUGGUCUGCAUGACAAUCACCAGCGACCUCAGGGAACUGCAUUUUCGUCUAAUUCUUCAUUGAACUUUCAAAUUUCGGAUUUUCCUCGACAGCCGGCACCGCAAGAUCCACAGUCUCAACAAGAAGAUCCACGGGUACAACAACAGCAUCCUCAGGUCCCGCCCCCGCUACCGCCUAAAAUUGCAGACUUUCCCAUGUUUCCGACUGCUCAUAACAUGGAUCAACUAAAUCAGCAGCCACCCACAUCUCAACGGACACUUGAUCAAUCUAAACCCAACAGCGCCUACAUCCCAUGCCCCUUCUAUGCAACCACAUCCGCCACCACAACCAUCUCACAGCAUCAACACCAACACUAUCAGCAACCACAGUCGCCUACCACGUCUGGUCCACCUCAGAAUCCCGUUGAGAUAGAUCCACUUGUUAUUGCCGAAGCUCAAAAACAUACUAAAUGGGCUGCCAGUGCGAUGAAUUAUAACGAUAUUAAAGCUGCGCUGAAUAAUCUUCAAAAGGCACAGGCAUUGAUAGAGCAAUAUAAUAAAUAA